GUAAAGGAGAAGCUUGCCUGUGAAUGUUGUCUGACAUGGAGGGGAUCACAGGAAGUAUUCUACUGUUGUGCCUCAUCGGCUUAACUAAUGCAAAUACCAGUCCUGCAAUCCAGACUUUCCUUUACAAUUUGUGUGAAGACAUCCCCAUAGGUGGCUAUGCGUUUACUAUAAACGCAAGUGACGCAGAAGGUGACGCACUAACCUAUACGCUCACUGGGCCCAAUGCUGUUUACUUCACUGUUGGCAGGAACACUGGGGUUGUAACAGUCAAUAGGGCCCUAGAUAGAGAGAGUGGUGACUUAAUGAAGCUUGAAGUUGAAGUCUCUGAUGGUCCCAAUAAUACACCAGGACAAUUAAAUCUAGUAUUAUUAGAGGCCAACGACAACAAACCCAUAUUUCAGGAGUCUUCAUAUGAUGUUCAGAUCCCAGAAAAUACCAGUGUAGGUACAACUCUGUUUAGAGUGCAGGCCACUGAUGCAGACACUGGAACUGCUGGUGUUGUUCAGUACAGCAUUGAUGAAGUUACUCCAAAUGAGGGAUUCGGUUUGUUCAGCAUCGUAAGCACAACUGGUGAAGUCAAGUUAAACGGACUUCUGAAUUAUACUGCACUGAGCACUUUCUAUCGGCUUAAGAUUAACGCAACUGAUGGUGGAGGCCGGUGUCAUUUUAAAGAAAAUAAGUUCUUCUCAAGUAUUGCAUUUUCCUUCAUUACGGUUGUGGAUGUCCCAGACCUGGACCCACAGUUCAUCAGUCUUCCCUACAUAGCGAGAGUUGCGGAGGAUUCCCCUCUGGACUCGUCUGUGUUCAAAGUGACUGCCAUAGACCAAGACACAGGAGUCAAUGAUGAGAUCAUCUAUAGCAUUGAAGACUCGACAGAAGGUGGCCUGUUCGGGAUCUCGAGAGAUGGUGGCGUCAUAAAAGUGUUGUCAGCAAUUGACAGAGAAGUUAUUGGUGAUACUGUUACCCUGACUGUAAAGGCCACCGAGUCUAAACCAAACAUCCACGGGUUACAAGCCACCGCCACGGCAGCUGUACUUAUCAACAUUAAUGACAUCAAUGACAACAAGCCGGAGUUUUACAAGUGUGAAGAGUCAGGAGCCUGUGUGAUGAAGACUCACUUCACAGGAGACGUCUUGGAGCACUCGCUGGGGUCUGUUCCCAUCAACAUGACGGUCAAAGAUCCUGAUAAGAUUUCCAAAACUAAACUAAGCCUGGAGGGAGCUGACAAGGACGUGUUUUCUGUGGAGCCUCAAUUUACCACAUCAGAUAGCCUCGUUCAGCUUCUGGUCAAGCAGCCGCAAAAACUAGACUUUGAAGAAAAACAGCAAAUGGUUCUGCAGGUGGUCGCCAUAGAUGAAGAAAACCCCAGCUUCCACUCCACUGCUACAGUUACUAUUAACAUCAAUGACGCCAAUGACAACAGCCCCACGUUCCCAGAGGACACAUAUAAGCUGAAUGUGACUGAGCACUCUGAUGUUGGGACAGAAGUGGCCAGAAUUACUGCAGAGGAUCCUGACACGAUGGAUCAAGGCUUCAUCACCUACAGACUUCUUCCAGACAGCAUCCUACCAUAUUUUGACGUGCAGCCAAAUACGGGGAUCAUUUAUGUGAAAAACCAAACUCUGUUGGAUCGUGAGGUCAGAUCUGUGUAUUCAGCGACCCUGCUGGCCAAAGACAAAGACGAGAAACCCGGCUCCACAGUGCUGGAGAUCACUGUGACUGACAUCAACGACCAGCAUCCAGUCAUCAACAGAGAAUCUUACCUGGUGUUUGUGGAAGAGGGUGGACAGUUUGAAGUUAAGAUAGAGGCUACUGAUGCAGAUGACCCUGAUACAGCAAACAGCCAAAUCGUGUAUGGAAUCAUGCCAAGCAUGUACAGCGGGAACUUCACCAUCGACCCAAACACCGGUGUGUUGAGGAACAACGGGAUCCUGGAUCGUGAGGCCCUGGACCCGCUGCUGAAUGGAAGGAUCGAACUCAACAUAACUGCUACUGACAAGGGAGAUACUCCAUUGUCCACUGUGGUUCCAGUUUUUAUCACUGUUGAGGAUAUCAAUGACAAUAUGCCACACUUUGAAGCCUCGUCUUACAAAUUCAGUGUUAAAGAAGGAGAAAAAGGUGCAUAUGUGGGUUCUGUUUUCGCGGAGGAUUUGGACCAAACGACAGACUUUAACCGCAUCUCUUUCAGCAUCAUCGAUGGAAGCUUCGGCAGCUUCAUCAUUCGCACAUUUGCAGACAAGUUGGGUUACAGGGGAAACAUCACUGUGGACCCUGACAUUGAGUUGGACUACGAAAGCACUCGCAAGCAGUUCAACCUGCGGGUAGAGGCGACAGAUCUGGAGCAGAAAAAAGCUGAAGUGACAGUGGUGGUGGACGUGGUGGACAGGAACGACGAGAGGCCCGAGUUCAAGCCGACAGGGCCCGUGACAGUGAAGGAGAACACCAACAACAGUGAGGCUAUUGGGAGUUUCACCGGGCUGGACAAAGACGGAAACCACUCGCUGGUGUACGAGCUGGAAUCCCUCAAGUGCAGAUGCAACGGUUCCCUGACAACCUGCAGCUGGUUUAUCCUCGAUCCAUCAGGGGAAGUCAGAGUGAACCCGGAGGACACGGUGGACUACGAACAAUGUGAUCAGGCGCUGAUGGAGGCUCGGGUGGUGGACGAGUACACAGAGAAGGGAGAGAACAGCAGCAUUACAACAGCACAAUUGGUGAUCAACAUUGAAGACAUGAACGACAACACUCCAGAAUUCAUUCCCUCAGAUUCUGUGUUUGUUGUGGUGUCAGAGGGUGCAAGUAAAGGGACAUCAGUUGCAGGAGUCACAGCUACUGAUGCUGACUCUGGAGUAAACAGGCAGAUUGACUUUAAAGUAACCGGAGUGAAAUUUCAAGACACCAGCAAUCACACAAAUGAGAUGAGGAUGUUGUUUGAGGCCGUCACCACACAGCAAAAGGACAUUUAUGUUGGGAUUAUACAAACUACCGAAGGGCUUGAAAUGUCACUGAAGGGGAAAUAUUUGGUAACAGUAACUGCAACUGAUACCGGCGGCCUCUCCAGCAACACCGUACUGGAAAUUUUCACAGUGGAUGAAACAUAUAAGGUUGAACUUCAGUUUACAAAAAGCGUUGCUGACGUUGAACUGAGUCGUGAUAAAAUCAUCAGGUCACUUACUGCUGCCACCAAGGCUGCUGUUGAAGUUGUUGCUAUCAAGGCUGACACUGCUGAAACAUCAAGGGCAUCAGACAUCACUGUCAUGGUGGCAUAUUUUGUCUACUCCAACGGGACAGCUCUGACCUCUAAUGACGUGGAGAAGAUGGUCUCUGAUCCUGAGCAUUAUCCUGUGCUGGCAGACCUUGGCCUCAUGUACAUUGGGAAGGCUGCUGUGAUCGAACCAAAUGUAGAUCCUCUAAACUACAUCCUGCUGGGGAUGGUGGGAGGCCUCAUCAUCGUGCUGGCUGUCCUCACCACCUCUCUGUUGUGCACUCGCAGAAACUACAGGAGGAAGCUGAAGGCAGCUAAAGCCAUGAACUCUGCAUCCAUGGUGACUUCUGACAACCAGAAAAGUGGUCCUGUGGUACCUGGAACCAACAAGUACACCAUGGAGGGGGCUAAUCCUGUUCUCAACCUCAACAUCGACACAGCCAUGGUCCUGGACUUGGACGAGGAGAAUUCAGAUGUGGACAAAAUCAGCCUCAACUCGCUGGACUACAGUGAUGAAAUGACCAUGAGUGGAAAGGGCACAAAACUUAACAUGCAGAUGAUCCAGGAGGAAGAGGAGGACGAUAGCAGGCCACCAGAGUACAUUGAGCCUCUUGGUGCAGCGCUGGCCCAGCGGGGACAGAGGAAAGAAAACCCUCUUAUGGGUUUUAGUAACCCUGCAUUCAGCACUACAGACCUGUGAUGGAAACAAUGAAGAGACAGUGACCGAGCUCAGGCCUCAGAUGGACAUAUGUUGCUCCUCUGUAAUCAGGCUGACCAAAUCACAAAUCAAACAUAAUUAUGCAUGAAGGCCUUGUCUUCAAAUAAUCUUCUGUUCUGACCAAUAGUAAAAUAUUAUUGAAAUUCUACUAUGAGUUUUGCACAAGACCUAACGCAUCUAAAGCGAUGAGUUUGCCCGAUGAAAACCUUAUAAUGAUAUCAUUAUACUAUUACUUUGGUUGCUUUCUUUUUCUAAAAAUUUCUUUCUUUCUAUUAAUUGCUCGCUUGCAGAAAGUUAGAUAAGUACAUUCAUGCCACUUCAUAUCAGUUCAUUAAAUAUGACACUACAACUAUUACAUGUAACCUGGUUCUGUCCAAAAAUCAGCCUUCCAGCACCUCGAGAACUCACUAAGAAACACAUAAAAACAUGCUAUAUCCACACAAGAACAGAUUUUCUAAACUUUGGAGAGUCCAGUUGGCUGUUUCCCUCGGUUUCCAGUCUUUAUGGUAAGCUAGGCUAAGCGCUAAACUAAGCUCAGAUAAUCGUAGCUUCACCUUUGCUGUACAGAGAUGAGUGAUAUUGAUCCUCUCAUCUAACUCCCUCAAGGAAGCAAAGAGCAAACUUCCCAAAAUGCCAAUGGCUCGUCCUUUAAAACUGUCUUUACAAAAAUAUCUAGAUAAUGAAAAUCUAUGGAAAAGCAAACAAAACAAUUGUUUGUUGCACAUGUGAAUCACUUUAUUUUGUUCAUAUAUUAAGCAAUGGUUUAAAAAGUGUUUGGUUUGCUUUGAAAUAAACUGUAUUAUAAGUUAUGCCAACACACAAUGCUAUUUUUUGUUGCAGCUGAUGCUACUAGAAAGAAAAUCAAAAAAGAGGAGAAUAUUGCAUAAUGUUGGUGUAUGAAUGAAAACAUUAUUUAUAACUGCAUGUCAGCCUGAAGGUUUAACCUAAUGCAUGUUUCAUUCGUCAGUGUUUGCUUGGGGUUUGAGAUACUUGCUGCUGAAAUAAAACCUCAUGCAGUGUGACGUUGUGACGUCCUACAAGCAGCAGAUGCAAAAAACUAUUUCACUGUUUACUGACAUCUAAAUGAAUGUAUUACAAGUGCAAUCUGUGAAUAAAAUAAUUGUCUUCAAA